UCACCAAACGGCCAAACCAAAACCAAUGCAAAUUGCACCAAUUGUUUUCAUUCUACAAUGCAAAGCGCCAACACUGCUUCUUCCCCACGCUUCUCAAUCUUCACAUUCCACAGCGACAUCUCAUCACUCUCUUCCUUCUCAUUUCAUUUCUAACCGUCGCCAUGUGGCGCUCUCUCUGGCGAUCCAUCGAUCGCUUCUCCGUUCAACACUUCAAAUAUGUAAUAAAUGAACUGCAGCAAAUCAAAGUUGUGCAUGAGCAUAACAGGGAGUUUGUGAUGGAUUUAUUGCAGUCUAUUGUUGAGAUUGUAACUUAUGGUGAUAGACAAGAUCCGUUCAUUUUUGAAUGUUUCAUGGAACACCAAGUGCUGGCGGAAUUUGUUCGCAUACUGAAGAUCAGUCAAGAUUCAAAAAUUGAGGCACCACUGCUUCAGUAUCUGAGCAUAAUGAUUCAAAACAUGGAUAGUGAACAUGGAAUUUACUAUUGCUUCAGCAAUGGUUAUAUCAACAGCAUUAUUUCAUAUCCCUACAAUUUUGAUGGGGGAGACCUUGCUCCAUAUUAUGUUUCUUUCCUAAGGGCAAUUAGCGGUAAAAUCAACAGAGACACACUUUGCCUUCUUGUGAAGGUUCAAAGGGAUGAUGUAGUCUCCUUUCCCUUGUACACUGAAGCUCUAAGAUUUGCUCAGCAUGAAGAAAAAAUGAUUCAGACAGCUAUUCGGGCAAUAGUUCUCAACAUCUACAAUGUUAGUGAUGACAUGGUCUAUCAAUUUAUAUCGACUCCUCCAGUUUCAGAAUAUUUCUCUGAUCUAGUUCUUAGAUUAAAAGAUCUAUGCUUUCGCUUAGAUGCUUUUGUCUGUGACAAAGGGAAGAUGGACACUCAAAAAAGAAGAAAUGGGCUGAUGCUUGAAUCUGAUAAAAUUGUGGAUGAAAUGUAUUUCUUUAAAGACAUUCUUAGUGUUGGCGAGCCACGACUGUCUAGAUUGGUUACGGAAAAUCUUCUGAAUGGACUGGUGUUUCCUGUACUAUUCUCAUUACUGGCUUCAAAAAAUAAAAUUGGAUAUGAUUUGUCUGCUAUUACUUCACUAUAUAUCAUAUCACGCCUUCUUCAAGUUGUUGGUGGAAGAAGCAUAAUUAACAAUGUGGCUGGUGUUAUCCUGUAUUAUUUUCUGAACAUAAAUGUGAGAGUUCUGAGUGAAGGGAAUGAUGCUUCUGAUGUCCAUGAUGAUGUUAAGCCCUUUUCAAAUUGCUUAUAUGAAGUGGAAAGAAUUAUAUGUAAUGCUUCUGAAUCAAAUGGAUCAGAGAGUAUCAAUAGGACCUAUUUAAGUGGUGGUUGGGAAUGUUUCAUGUCUAGUUUCAAUAUUAACAGCUCAAAUGGUGAAAUUUGUUCCAAAAGGAAUGGAAUGCUUGCUUUUGUUUUCUGCGAGGAUCACAACCUAUUGUUAGCUUUCAUAUUUCUCUUGCUUAUUCUGACCGAAAGUAAAGAUCUUGAUUGUCUCUUAUCUCCAAUGUCGGGGCUAUAUGAGAUGGGGGAUGUCAUGUUGCAGACUAAUGAUGCAUCAACUUCUAAGUCUGUGAAUGAAAGUAUCUUCAUUAGAUUUAUGCAUGAGAUUUUAAAUGCCCUGCUAAAUGUUUUAGCCUUCGAGCAAUCCCUUUCUAUAAUGAUGCUAUGGCAUGCUGGGUGGUGCUUGCAAAAGCUACUUAACUUCCAUAAAGAGAGACUUAACAGUGAUAAUCUUCUCCUUUUUACUACUUCAUAUGAUCGGUCCCGUGUAAACUUUCUGAAGGAAAUUGAUGGAGUUUGGUUUGAUCAUAUUCCAGAUACUCUAAGAACAGAAUGGACAAGCUGUAAAAGAGCUCUUGAGCAAUCUUCCCAAUAUAAAGAUCCAUUGUUUAUGUUAGAGCUUCUUCUUCACCAACAAUCCAGCAAUGGUGAAACAUCUCCAUCUUUUGCCUGGAAAAGGAUGGUUGAUACAGUGAAGGCUUUUAUUCUCCACUUCCAGUUGAAGACAUUUAUUUUCGAAGAUGUAUUGCUUGAGAAGCCAUUAUUAAACAUGAUUGCCAGUUCUACCAAUGGUUGUGGAGCUAUCUGUGCUUCAGACGUUUCAUCUGCUAGCUUUGGGUCCAAUAUUUCUUUGGAAUCUGGAAUCCCUUGUGGAAUUGCUUUUUCAAAUUCUGAAAUUAGGGAUAUAUAUGUGAUACCAGUGGCAAGUGGAAUAAUUGGAAAAUUUCUUCUCGCAGAGAAACACCCAUUUCGCAGUCGACAUGGAGUUGUAAUUGCAAUUGCUCCAUUGGCUGGGUUAUGUCCUAAGAUAGAUGAGGACCACCCCUCAUGGUUGCAUCUUCGAAUUAGAGAGUUUGACCCACAGUUUUAUACAAUCAAAGCCAGAAGAAACCACUUGAGCAUGCCUGAUCAAUUGGCAGAUGGGAGAUGGACCCUUGGUUUCCCAAAUGCAAAAGCUUGUGAGGAAGCUCAAUUAGCGAUUCUGAAUGAAAUUACCAAGCAGAGGUCAGCCGUGGAGUACAUGCUGGCUCCGUUACUUCAGUAUGAUCUUGAAUUAGCUGAAAGCUGAGGUAGGUAAUGUUGUAGCAAUGAGUUACUGUUGGUUAGUUCGCAUUUUU